AUGAGCCAAGAAAGAGGGAAAAGGGCACAGCAGGCCUCGCGAACACCACCACCACCCCAGUAUGAGGUGUUUACUAUCCUCAACGCUUCAUAUGAAACUAUAUGGAACGAGAACAAGGAUGAGAUACCUGGACCACCACCGAGGAAGUUCCCAAAUAGUAAACUUACUCAGCAGGAUAUCGGAAGGUUUUGCACAUAUCAUAAGGAUGCCGGGCACAAUACCAACCUCUGCGUGGCUUUAAAAAAUACUAUCGAGUCUCUUAUUCAGAGGGGCAAGCUUCAGCGGUGCCUGCCUGCUAAAGAAAUAGGAGCUAUAGACGUGUACGGCCAGAUCUUCAUGAUCCAUGGUGGGGGCCCAAAGGAGGUACCUCCCCAGAGGAGGAAGCGAAAUUCUAGUUUCCGCCACAAGGGAGGAAGCGAAAUUCUAGUUUCCGCCCCAGAGGAGGAAGCGAAAUUCAAUUUCCAUAAGGCCCCGCAACAAGACAGCGGUACUGGGUGGAAAUUUGUCACAUUCCUGCAGCAGGAAGAACCUGAUCUAAAAAUGCCCCAUGAUGAUCCCUUCCUGAUCACGCUCCAAAUGGACCAUUACAUAAUGUCCCGGGUACUCAUAGAUACCGGAGCAUCAGUUAGUGUAUUAUUUCGCAACGCAUUCAAAGCUUUGAAUAGAGGAAGGGCCAAACUGUCACAAGAUAAUGAGCCCCUCAUUAGCUUUUCAGGAGAUAUCGUCCAGCCACUCGAAUCAGAUUACCUAUCGAUCACGAUAGGAGAAAGUCCAAACUGUUCAACCAUCAAAACAGAGUUCAUUGUCGUCGACUGUGCCUGGUCCUAUAAUGCUAUCUUGGGUCGACCGGCACUCUAG